CUAUGGGGGAUGGGUGCUUGGGGACAGACCAAAACUUUAACCACUUCACACCGGCACCACUCACUCGUCGCCUCGGGCUACCCCUGGGCGACUGUCUUCUCGUGAGACCUAUGCUUCUCUUUCUCUUGCAUUCCUGAACUUUCUCAGAAACUACCUGAGGUUUGAGCGAGGCGUGCAUUUAUUCCCCUCUUCCUUUUAGACAUUGCUGCAUUUGAACGACGCUGGUAGUUGCUUAUUUGUGUAAUCUCAUGGCAUAGGCUGCUGUCGGUAAAUGGGUUAAGAUUUUACAGCCAGCCCCCUACUUUCCUUUCCCCUCCUCUCCUCUCCUCUCUCGCCAUGCCGGAUCCAUCCGUCUGUCUCGCCCACAGUUGCAGCGCAUUUGUGUCCCGGGAUGACCUGUUGAUGUCGGCUAAAGAUGGAGUGCCAGGAUCGCCCUCCGCUGUAGACCCCCCCGCUUCUCCUUUAGAAAAAUACCUUAAGAAUCUUAGUUCCUCAGAGUGAAGAUAGCCCCGCGUGGUUCCCGAGUCCGCUUUUUGGUGGAGAUGCAAUAAAGCAUUUAUUCGCUGUGAUAUAGUAUAAGCGACAUUUUGGAGGGGGAACAACGCGUGUCUGUCCCAUGUUGGUAGCUGCCAUUCGGCCGGAGGAGGAGGAGGGAACUCGGUCUUAACGGACAUCACACCGCGCUGGCACGGAGUGGAGGGGAGACGGGAACUGCUGAAUAUUUUACCCCCCGCCCCCGACUAUUUUUGUGCCAUAUUUCGUACCCCUGGUCCCCCAGACGAUAAACGUGUGUGUUGAGGGCAGUUAAAAACCAUCAUUGACAUUCAAAAAUAAAAAAGAGGAGCUCUCUCAUUCUCCUUUUUUUGUCCAUUUUCCGCUGCCGCCCCCUCCCUCGCCCCCUCCCUCCGCUGAAUGCACGCACACACCGGCCCGGGCCAGUUGAGGACUCCCAAAUUCUACCGGGCAUCGAGGCUGGCACACGGCGGGGCACCGAGAGCUCUCUGCCCGCUCUGACUGCCCUGCUGCACCGCUGGUGGCGGCGGGCUGUUUCUCUCCGAGGCGUCCGCCAGCGAGACUCUGCGAGACUUUCAUACCCUGUGGUGCUGGGCAGAGCGUUAUGGCUCAGACGCUGCAGAUGGCGAUCCCUAACUUUGGCAACAAUGUCCUGGAGUGUCUGAACGAGCAGCGGCUGCAGGGCCUCUACUGUGACGUCUCCGUGGUCGUCAAGGGACAUGCCUUCAAGGCCCACCGUGCAGUGCUGGCAGCCAGCAGCUCCUACUUCCGGGACCUGUUCAAUGCUGGGGGGAAGAGCUCGGUGGUGGAGCUACCCCCGGCCGUGCAGCCGCAGAGCUUCCAGCAGAUCCUGGCCUUCUGCUACACGGGGCGCCUCAGCAUGAAUGUGGGAGACCAGUUUCUGCUCAUGUACACCGCCGGCUUCCUCCAGAUCCAACAGAUCAUGGAGAAAGGCACCGAGUUUUUCCUUAAGGUCUCCUCUCCAAGCUGUGACUCCCAGGGUCUCCACACCGAGGAGACCCCAUCCUCUGAGCCUCAGAGCCCCGUCACUCAAACAGUGGGAGUGGGCGGAGUUGGCAUCGGUGCUGCCACUGUAGGGAGGCCUGCCUCCUGCCUGACACCCCUUCCCCUCGUGUCCAAGGUGAAGACUGAACAUACAGCCACAACACCUCAGCCAGCUCCACAGCCACAGCAGCCGGAGGGCUCUCCCUACUCUGUGGUCUGCACCCCUGUGGCCAAGCGGCUAUGGGAGGGGGGUAACCGUGAUGGGGGAGGGGGGUCAGGAGGGGGCGGGGGCGGCGGGUUGAGGAAGGCCGCACGCUAUUCUUCCUCCUCCUCUUCCUCGUCCUCUUCCAAUACAAUAACCCAGGACGCUUCUGGCCGCGGACCUGCCGCUAACGCCUCUCUGGUGGGCAGUGGAGGCAGCGCUUUAGUGGGAGGAGCUGUGCUCAACAGUAACCACAACAAUAACAACAACAACGGCGGGACCCCAGAGGGUACGAGCCCGGGCACCCUGAGCAUGUACACCAGCGACUCGCCCAUCAGUUACCACGACGAUGAGGAGGAGGAUGAUAUAGCAGAUGAGACUGAAGAGCAGUACAGACAGAUCUGCAACAUGUACACCAUGUACAGCAUGCUGAACGCCGGAGCAGCAGUUGUCGGGGAGCGGGUGGAGGCUCUGCCAGACUUAGCCCCAGACUCAGGGGGCGGGCGGGGGGGCAGAGGGGGGCGGUCCCGGCAGGAACUAGCAUCGCUGCCCGCCGAGCUCAUCAGCCAGAUCGGAAACCGCUGCCACCCAAAGCUGUAUGAGGAAGGAGACCCGGCUGAGAAGCUGGAACUGGUGAGCGGCACCUCUGUGUUCAUCUCCCGCGCCCAGCUCAUGAACUGCCACGUCAGCGCCGGCACCCGCCACAAAGUGCUGCUCAGACGCCUUCUGGCGGCGUUCUUCGACAGGAGCACUCUGGCUAACAGCUGUGGAACCGGCAUCCGCUCCUCAACCAAUGAUCCCAGUCGUAAACCUCUGGACAACAGAGUUCUGCACGCUGUCAAAUUCUACUGCCAGAAUUUCGCACCGAGCUUCAAGGAGAGCGAAAUGAACGCCAUCGCUGCCGACAUGUGCACCAACGCCCGCCGCGUCGUUCGCAAGAGCUGGAUCCCCAAACUGAAACUGCUGAUGGCCGACAGCGACGCCUACUCCGCGUUCCUGGCCGACAGCGUGAAGAUGGAGGCCGACGCGUUGGGGACGGAGCAAGGCUUUGACCCCACCUCACUGGAAGCCGUGGCUGCAGCGGCAGCAGCCAACAACAGCGAAGCGGGAAGCGGAGCCACGCCGGCAGACGGCCUGCAGGGGGCGGGGGGAGAUAGCAGCACUUUGUUUUGAGUGAGUGAACGGACAGAUAGAUAGAAUGGACAGAUUGAUGGAAGGAGGGGUGGAAUAUCUCUGGGGUGAUGAGAACAGAACGAUGGCCACUCUGGUCUUGAUGACAGUAAUCACUCCUCCCCUAGCCCGCUUUAUGUUUGGGGAUCUGUUUCUUCAGUUUAUUCUGCUUGCCUUCCUUUGUUUGUCCACGUUUCUGUCUGUCUCCACAGCUCAGAAUGAAUCUCUGCAGUUUGUUCUUGAAUGCUCUUGUGGAGAGAGAUGGUGAAAGGUAGCAGAAGGAGGUUCGCUCCCCCCCAGUUCCUCAUCCUUCUGCAACCUUUAGAAACCUGAUUUCAGCCUUUAUUUUUUUAUGUUUUUAAGAGUGUGUACUGUCACUAAAAACCUUUUCUUACCAUAAUCACAGACAUUCCCUAGGGGAAGGGGGGCGGGGAGGGGUAAUCCAGUUUGGAGAAGGCUCCUUCUCCAAACUUCGGUAACACUGUUGUUUUUGAUAUUGAAUGUAUGCGUGGCGAAGCAUUCGAGAUGCAGCUGAGUGAGUUUGCGCCGAGCCCUUUUUGUUUUGUUGUUUUGGUUUGCUUUGUUUCAUCUGCCAGAUGAAAGCUUCUCUGAGUGUUUGGGCUCGGUGAGGUCAGGGGUUGAAAUGAAUAUUAAUAUGUAUAUUGGCAUGGUUUAUGAUCUCCUCGACCUCAUCCUGCUCUUUAACCCCAGCUGGCCAUGCCGGGAAGCUGACCUACUGGUCUUCAGAGAAAUGCUCUGACUUGGACAGCAGCUUUUCGAUUGGCUGGUGAUAUGUUCAGAUUUGUUAGCGAGUUUAAAGCCUAAUCAAUAACCUUCCCCCCUCCCAAACCUUCCCCACAUUUUGGCCGUUAAACUCUAAAAAAACAAAAAAUAAAAUAUCAGUUUGUUUACUUUUUCUGUUUUUUUUGUCACCUUUGUGUGUGAUGUUUGCCGAGACUCCUGAAGGAGAGGAAAUUUGUUACCGAUGAUUGUAAAAGAGUUUGCGUGUGAUAAAUGCACUGUGUUAUUUCCUGCGGUAUGAGUACAAUCGAACUAAGUUUUUGUAUGUAUCGGACUGAGAAAACGGCGUGGCUUUAUUUUAAAAAAGGCAAAAAGAGAAAAAUAAGAAAAAGCUAGAAUCCAAUUUCUAAGUUUGUUUAACUCCCCCCCCCUUUUAAAAAAAAAAUCUGAACGAAAGUCGAGAAUUGUCUUAAAGCGAGUUUCUGCCUGUGAGCUUAGUGACAAAUUGAGUGUGCGUGUGUGUGUGUGUGUGUGUGUGUGUGUGUGUGUGUGUGUGUGUGUGUGAGAGAGAGAGAGAGGAUACAGCGGCGGUGCUCUUUUCAUGUCAGCUCAUGUUUAAAUUGAUUUCUCCGAGAAUAUUAACGGAACGGGCUUCCUCAGGCUCUGCCCGCCUGGAUAUGUGCUCGCCUGGCACGGACAAAGGUGCUAAUUCAGGCGGCGGUACAUGGCGAGCAGCACGGCUCCGUGCGUGCAUGUAGGUGUGCGUCUGAAUGGCCGCACAGUUUGUGCUGCCGCAGAGAGUGUGAGAGAGAGAGAGAGGGAGGCCAGACAGAGCGUUUCACACACGCUUGGGCGAUUCAUUCACCCAUCACUGCAGUGAGCACACAUACAUGCGCUAAUACGCAUUUGGGGGCUGUCAGCUGCAUCAGCUACAGUACACCAGAGCGACGUGGGAAUUAAAGGGGAAUCGCAUCGAAGCGAUACGUUUCAGAUACAUUUUGUGUUUGAGGAGAAUGCAGCAGAUAGAAAAGUGGCUCAAAGUUGUGCGCGUCUGUUUGAAAGUGAAAUUCCUGGCUUUAUAAGUGCUUAUAAUGACAAAAAAAGGAAAGCUGCUAAAUGAUAGAAAUCAGAGAAAUGUUGGCAUAGAAACAACCCUGAAAGUCGUUGCAGUCAUGGUUGCUUUUGGUACUUGCGUGUGUGAGUGGUAGCUUUCAAGAAAAAAAAAGAACAAGAGUGCAGAAGUAGAUCUUUUCUUUAAAAAAAAAAACAAACUGGCCUUCAGCUUUGGCAACGCAGCUGAAUACAGUCAUCAAGAAAACCCUGGAAAGGGCUUUCUGCUCUUGUUCAGUUUGAAGUUGAAUGCAGGUCCAGAGGAACGUUUGAUUUAGUCCCACUGGUACUCUGAUCAUCAAUGCCACUGUGCUGCCUGAAAUGGAUGUUCAGUGUGUUUUAUAACCAGCUUUUAAUUUCAGUCCUUUAAUCUUGCCUGUUCAAAUCAAAGCAGUGGCAAUCAAUAACAAUGAACUAAUAACUAGAGCCUGACUGAUACAUAUUGAUUGGGCAAUAUUGGCAUCACAGAUGAAUCUGUAUUUCCAUAUAUGUUAUUCUUUAUUGAAAAAGAAAAUCAUCCUUGAAGCAAUGUAGAAAUGGAAAGAGCGACUUCCACUUUAUUGUUUACAAUAUUCUUAGCGGUCUCAGAGCGCAGUGCUAGUUUGUGAAAUGCAUUGUUGUAUCACGCAGAGCUCAGAUUUUGGUUGGUGCUUCGCUAAGCAGCAGGAGGAGAGAGAUGCAUCUGUCUCUGAGGGGAGUUCUUGUAGGUGGUGAAGAUCUGUGAAGUAGCGCUUUUUGCUAGGAGUUUUUUUUUUUUUUUUUUUUUUUUGAGGAAAAGGUCAGUAAAUGGCGCUAAAUGUUCCAGCAAAGUCACUAAGUUGGCAGUGAGGUGAACUGCAGUAUGACAGUUGGUGCUGCAAUGGAGAGGACUGAGACUGUAUAUACCUGCACAUCCAGAAAAAUAUGUGAAAAUCUUUAUCCUGCUAUAACUUGUAAUUGAAUAGACAAGCACAGGUGUGCACUGAUGCUACUCUUUCAGUCUUGAGACUGAAUCAAGACUGAAAUAGUGCUGCGACUGGUGCUGACAAGAGACAGGUGAGGUCAAAUAAUAUUAAUGGAGUUAAUGGAGAUAACCCUGUUACAUUACUCCAAGUUUAAUAAAAGCUUUCUAAGAAUUGUUAAAGCAAACCUAAUGAGAGUGACGGAAGAACUUUUUAUUAGAUUUAGUCAAAGUUAAGAGUAGCAGGCUCGAAAUGCCUCCACACAGAGCAAUUAAGAAUGGAACCAAAUGGAUCAGCCCACAAUCAAACCUAAAUAGCAGAUUAAUGCAUCUUUGAUCUCAGUUUUCAUUGUUCCUCUAAAUCCCAGUGUCAGUCAGGCUUUGCUAAAAUCUUUUGUCACUUUAAAUAUUCCCCCUUUCUUAAUUCCUGUCUUCCUGCGUGCGUUACUUUCAAUUUUCCACUGUGACAAACACAUCAAAAAUGUGGAUUUUUUGUUUUUUGAGCACGGCAAAACCCAAACGGGACACAGGUUUUAUUUCUUUUUCCUAAUCAUACGUGGCCCGUGUUUUUGCGAUAGAAGAAACCUGAAGCACCUUAAUGCUAGUGAAGUGGGCAAGUGGAGCUAUUUGAACUGUUUAAUAUCAUUGUCACAGUUUCAUAUUGCUGUUGUGACUCUACCCACCGCCCACACACAUACAGACACACGCUCGCACACGCAAAGCAAAGAGUCUGUAGUCAGACUGUCUCUUAAGCGAAACGCAGAAACAACCCUGUACAAGAUCUUAGUGUGGAACCAAAAAAAGCAACCUCUGGGGCGCGUUGAACGAAACCAGUUUUUAUAGAUCAGUGUUAUGAAAAAAAAUUGUCUGCUUUUUAAAACCUGUUUUAUGAGGAAAGAUGUUUAUGUGUUUGUUUGUUUUUUUUAAUAUACAUAUUUAGAUGUAAAUCAAAUGCUAUUAGUCAAAGAACCCUUAGUCUUGAGACAAGCACCUAAAGGCCAAGAGGAGGAAGUGGGGAGCCGCCUUGCCCCACCCUCUGUGAUGGACCACAUGGUACGAUCCACAGAGACUCUACCAAGUUCGAUACCUGGGGACAGAACAAGUGUGAGACAUGAACAAGGAAAGAAAAAGAGAAAGAUAUAGGAUGGAGAGGGAGGGGGGGGAUG